AUGAGCCGCGUUGAUGAAGACGCCAAGAAGUGGCGUAGAGAUGUGGGCCUCAACUCGCUCUUCUCGAACACAAGACCAGCAAUACCUAGAAUACUAGCAUUACUACCCCUCGCCGCAUCAUUAACGGCACUAUCAAUAUGCCUCCCUCCUGACCUGCGACCGUUGGCACUAAGAAGCUGCGGCAUUGGAUUGGGGGCCUACCUCACGACUGUGCACCUCGUGCCGGUCAUCUCGAAGAAAAUUCCGCGAAGCAAAUUCGGGUGCGAUUUACUCAAGCGGCCACCAAGGCUACAAAUUGACAAUAAAGAUAAAACCAUACCGGAGUCCCUCGGGCUGGUGAGCGGUGUGGUCUUCGUCCUCGCUCUCGUGAUCUCGGACGCGAUUGAAGCUGAUCACGUCGUCGACGCCCAUACACUAGCUGCGGCCACUUUGGCCAUAGCCUUAGCAAUCCUACUGGGCUUCGCGGACGACAUCCUCGACUUAGAAUGGAGAUAUAAAUACGCGCUACCGCCGCUCAUGGCGCUACCGCUACUGGCCGCGUAUAGUGGCGGGACCGUCAUACGACCGCCCGUACUGGUACGGAGGUAUCUGACGGAAACGAAGCUGGGCGACGUCGCUGAUUAUCUCCUAAAGUUGGUCGGCGGGUCGGUCGUGCCCGAAGCGAUGGGAUUAGUGGACCUGGGACGGGCCUACCAGGUCAGUGACUCGGAGCAGAAAAUGAACUUGAACUUGACGUGGUCGCGUCGAUGGCGUCGAUGCGGUGCCGCGUCGCGUCGACGUCGUCGACGUGGCCGUCAGAGAGUCUACGCGCUGCGUGAGGGAGCCGCGACAGUUUCGCGACGGAGUCCAUUCCACACAGAUCUACAUGGUGCUACUGGUCGUCUUCUGCACGAACGCCGUGAACAUCUACGCCGGCGUCAACGGCCUCGAGUGCGGCCAGGUCUACGUCAUUGCCUGUGCCAUCCUGGCGAUGGCGGCCAUAGAAUUACAACACGAUCGCUCGGAGAACUACACGCUGUCCAUCGUCUUCCUGCCCCCCUUCAUCGCCACGACCCUAGCUCUGCUGCGGAGCAACUGGUACCCGGCGCGAGUUUUCGUCGGAGAUACCUUUACGAACUACGCGGGGAUGGCGCUGGCGGUCGUGGCCAUACUGGGCCAUUUCCCCGUCAUGCUCCUGUUGCUGAUGGCGCCGCAACUCAUAAACUUUCUCGUGUCCAUCCCGCAGUUAUUCAAGCUGAGGCCGUGUCCUAGACACCGCUUACCGACGUACGACGAACGCACUGGACUACUACGGUGUUCGUACGUCAACGAUAGAGUGAAGAUUACUGAAAAUGAUGGCAUGAACCUGACGCUCAUCAACGUGGUGUUACGCUUAAAACCGAUGACGGAGCCGGCUUUGGCUGCGACGCUGUUGGUGCUCCAGGCGUUGUGCUGCGCUCUGGCGCUGUUUUUGAGAUUUGGGUGGGCGGGGGGGAUCUACUAG